GACAGAUAAAUUUUCCAUUGAUGGAAGUCGUUCUUUCUUUUCAAUUCGUUGCUCGCACGCGUAACUUACCAGUCUCGCGUCGUCGAAUAAAAAAAACCUUUUUCUAGAGGAAUUUAUCCCUAUAAAUUUUCAAUAUAUUUAUUUAUGAAUUAAGUGUUUAAGCUGUUCGUUUAUUGUCAGUAAAUUCCUAUAGAAAUGCCUUCCGACGCAAAGAAACGUGAUCAAGCUCGCAAGAAGGAGGCUCAGAAGAAGCGUAAUCAAAAGAUUAUAUCUGUGAACGGCGGUUCGACUGAUGCGUCCAAAACCAAUGGAACCACAAACGGUCAACCGGUUGAAUUGACCGAAGAAGAGCUCCUCUGUGCUAAGCUUGAAGAAGAAGCACGAAUAUCGGCUGAAGCCCGGUCAUGUACGGGUACUUCGGCCGUACAUCCCCGAUCGCGUGAUAUCAAAAUGUCCAAUUUUGCUAUAACCUUUUUCGGUUCCGAAUUGCUGCAAGACACCACACUCGAAUUGAAUUGUGGUCGUCGUUAUGGCUUAAUUGGAUUGAAUGGCUGCGGUAAAUCGUCAUUGUUGUCUGUUCUGGGCAAUCGCGAAGUGCCGAUACCCGAACACAUUGACAUUUUCCAUUUGACGCGUGAGAUUCCAGCUAGUACCAAAUCGGCUUUACAAUGCGUCAUGGAAGUGGAUGAAGAGCGAUUGAAGCUGGAGAAAAUGGCUGACGAAUUGGCUACGCGUGAGGACGAUGAGUCACAGGAUCAGCUAAUGGAUAUCUACGAUCGCUUGGAUGACAUGAAUGCCGAUCAAGCGGAAAUGAAGGCGGCCAGAAUUUUGCACGGUUUGGGAUUCACCAAAGAGAUGCAACAGAAACAGGCCAAAGACUUUUCGGGAGGUUGGCGAAUGAGAAUCGCUCUGGCCAGAGCGUUAUUCGUUAAGCCGCACCUGUUGCUGUUGGAUGAACCGACCAAUCAUUUGGAUUUGGAUGCUUGUGUGUGGCUUGAAGACGAAUUGAGCCAAUACAAACGAAUUUUGGUAUUAAUUUCGCAUUCCCAGGAUUUCCUGAAUGGUGUCUGCACCAACAUCAUUCACAUGAACAACAAGCGACUCAAAUAUUAUACGGGUAAUUACGAAGCGUUCAUGAAGACUCGCAUGGAACUGCUGGAAAAUCAAAUGAAGCAGUACAACUGGGAACAAGAUCAAAUCGCCCACAUGAAGAACUAUAUCGCGAGAUUCGGCCACGGUUCGGCUAAGCUGGCUAGACAGGCACAGUCGAAGGAGAAAACUUUGGCGAAAAUGGUGGCACAAGGCCUAACGGAUAAGGUCGUCGAUGAUAAGACGUUGAAUUUCAGCUUUCCAUCAUGUGGAACGAUUCCACCUCCAGUUAUUAUGGUUCAGAAUGUUAGCUUCCGAUACAAUGACACGACACCGUACAUCUACAAAAACUUGGAAUUCGGCAUCGAUUUGGAUACUCGUCUGGCUCUGGUCGGACCGAAUGGUGCCGGAAAAUCCACACUGCUGAAGCUGUUGUACGGAGAUUUGCAACCAACGUCCGGAAUGAUUCGGAAAAAUUCCCAUUUGCGCAUUGCUCGCUACCAUCAGCAUUUGCACGAACUGUUGGACCUCGACGUCAGUCCGCUGGAUUACAUGAUGAAAGCGUUCCCCGAGGUGAAGGAACGUGAAGAUAUGCGCAAAAUCAUCGGUCGUUACGGUCUAACCGGUCGACAACAGGUCUGUCCCAUUCGACAGCUGAGCGAUGGUCAACGGUGCCGAGUGGUGUUCGCUUGGCUGGCCUGGCAAACUCCACAUUUAUUGCUGUUCGACGAACCCACCAAUCAUUUGGAUAUGGAAACCAUCGAUGCACUGGGCGAAGCUAUAAGCGAUUUUGAUGGCGGUAUGGUGUUGGUUAGCCACGAUUUCCGGCUGAUCAAUCAAGUGGCGGAAGAGAUUUGGAUUUGUGAGAAUGAAACGGUUACGAAAUGGAAUGGCGGCAUUUUGGAUUACAAGGACCAUUUGAAGAAGCGCAUCAUUAAAGAUAUAGAAAAGGCCGAAAAGGCGAAAAAGAAAUAAAGAGAUGCGAGAUGGGUGGUGGUCGCCGUUGAGGACUGGUUCUUUAAACUAUCUUCUUUGAUCGACUCGUUUUUCUUUUAGGUAAUUUAAACGGAAUUUUCCUUUGGCGAACUUAUUUUCGGUCCAAAAUUUUUAAAUUUUUUUUUUCUAUUUUCAUUUCGAUCAAUCAAAUACUAAAUCCGAAUCCGCAACUGUUGAACAAUUAUCUCUCGGUGAUUUCUUUUUUUUUUGGGUUUUUUUUUCUUUUUUUGUUUUUGGCUAAAAGAUGACAAAAUUACGGACAGAAAAAUACAAAAUCAAUCCAUCGAUCGUUAAAUGUUUCCAAACUUUAAUCGUUAAAAUCCUACUUAUCGCUAGUGUAAUUGGAAAAACAAAAAUACAAAAAAACCGACUAUAGCAAAAUGAAUGUAGUUACAAUAAACAAAAACGUGUGAUCUUAAUAAUUUAUUUCCUAGGUCUCUGUUGUUUUUUUUAGGGCUUACAUAUUUUUUAGGAAUUUACUUUAACUCACAAUAACACUCUUUCAAGUGAAUACAAUAUUAUUAUUAUACUUUGAGCGACAAACAAAAAAAAA